AUGAAGACGAGUUCACCCCCCUCGAGUUUCACCUCUAAAAAGAGGAAAACUUCUAAACAGAGGAAAACACCUCACAAGGAGGAAGGCUUCCCGCUUCUCCAACAACCAAAGGAGAUCAGAAGAUUGGUCGGGAACCAGAACGCCGCCGCCGUGGCAAUGGCAAAACCAAUCAUCUUGAGGGUGAUUGAAAGCAACGCUAAUACCGUUUUCUCGCCUCUUUCCAUCAACCUUGCUUUGUUUGUGGCAACCGGGUCGAAAGGCCCCACCCGAGACCAAUUCCUGUCUUUCCUCAACUCCGAUUCCCUCGAGGAACUGAACACUUUGUCCUCUGCACUCAUCGGUUCCGUAUUAGUGGAUGGCAGUCACUCUGGUGGGCCUAUGUUAUCCUUUGUGAACGGAGCCUGGAUUGAUCAAUCUCUCUCUUUCAAGCCCGAUUUCAAACACGUUGCGGACAAUGUUUAUAAAGCCCGGACCAGUUGGUUUGAUUUCGAAAACCAGGCCGCUGAGGUAGCUACUAAGGUGAAUGAAUGGGCGGAAAGCGGAACAAAUGGCCUUAUCACAAAUCUCAUCCCGCCUAAUGCCUUCAACGAAUUGAGGAGAGUCGACAAGUUUGACCCAGAGUCGGAGAAGAAUAGCCACGACGACCAACACCACGAGAGGCCGGUGGCUGCGCGCCGGGUGGCCAAGAUUGCACAAGCAAGGCCGUCGGGGAAGAAACCGGUUGCUGGACAUGAAGGAGAACUUCAUAAGACACCAAUUGACCCAACAAAUCUUGAAAAGAGGGAGGUGCAUCCUUCUGUUGCAAGGCACCAAUAA